GAAGUGAUGGAGCAGAACCAAGACGGUCUCGAGUACUCAGAUGAGGAAGAAGAGGAAGACUUACAGCAAGCAAUGGAUUCAUAUUCAUCUGCCACUCUUGGCAAGCAAACAACCAUCAGCCUCGAAGACAUCACCUUCAAACCUUUCCGGAAAGACUUCUACAUCGAGGUGCCAGAGCUUCAUCAGAUGACUGCCGCUGAAGUCGAAGCGCUGAGGGCAGAGAUGGAAGGCAUAACUGUCAAGGGAAAAAACGUUCCGAAGCCUAUAAAAACGUGGCCACAAGCUGGGGUUAGCAAGAAAGUCUUGGACGUUCUCAAGAAACUGAAUUUCGAGAAACCGACGCCAAUUCAGUGCCAGGCCCUCCCCGCUAUCAUGUCCGGAAGAGAUCUGAUCGCAAUCGCUAAAACCGGUUCCGGUAAAACACUCGCGUUCCUCCUCCCGAUGUUCCGUCACAUAAUGGACCAACCUCCCCUGGAGGCGACAGACGGGCCCAUCGGUGUUGUAAUGACUCCAACGAGGGAACUCGCGAUGCAAAUCACGAAGGACUGUAAAAAAUUCGCGAAGGUUCUUGGUCUGAGGGUUGUGUGCGUCUACGGCGGGACGGGUAUAUCCGAACAAAUCGCCGAGCUGAAGAGGGGUGCGGAAAUUAUCGUCUGCACUCCGGGUCGAAUGAUAGACAUGCUCGCGGCGAACAGCGGCAGAGUCACGAACAUGCGUCGUUGUACAUACGUAGUAUUAGACGAAGCAGACCGGAUGUUCGACAUGGGUUUCGAACCUCAGGUGAUGCGGAUUAUAGACAGCGUCCGACCCGAUCGGCAGACCGUCAUGUUCUCGGCGACUUUCCCCCGGCAGAUGGAGGCGCUCGCGAGACGAAUCCUCCUCAAACCGGUGGAGAUUCUCGUCGGAGGUCGGUCAGUCGUCUGCAAGGAAGUGGAGCAACACGUUCUGAUCCUCGACGAAGAAGACAAGUUCCUGAAACUGCUCGAGCUUCUCGGGAAGUACGCUCCCCAGGGCAGUGCCAUUAUCUUUGUGGAGAAGCAGGAGCAUGCGGACGCGCUCCUCAAGGAUCUCAUGACCGCCAGUUACAACUGCAACGCCCUCCAUGGCGGCAUAGACCAGUUCGACCGCGAUUCGACGAUUGUCGAUUUCAAAAACGGGAAAUUCAAUGUUCUCGUUGCGACAUCGGUGGCCGCGCGGGGUCUCGACGUGAAACACUUGAUCCUCGUCGUGAACUACGACUGCCCUAAUCAUUACGAGGACUACGUCCAUCGCUGCGGUCGGACCGGGCGGGCUGGGAACAAAGGUUUCGCCUACACGUUCAUCACUCCCGACCAAGAGAGAUAUGCCGUCGACAUCCUCAAGGCUCUCGAGGCUUCGGAAGCACCGAUUCCCGAGGAUCUCCAGAAGCUGUUCAACACCUACAAGGAACGGAUGGAUGCCGAAGGCAAGAAAGUAAAAGGUUCCUCGGGCUUCUCGGGCAAAGGCUUCAAGUUCGACGAGACCGAAGCGAACUUCUCGAGUGAGAGAAAGAAAUACCAAAAGGCCAUCCUCGGAAUGAACGACUCGGACGACGACGACGCCGAGGAUACGAUGGAGCAAGAUAUCGAGACGAUGCUCGCGCCCAAAAAGCGCGUCGUCGAAACGAAAGCCCCACCUACGGCAGCCACCGCCGCUGCAGCUGAUCCCUCCCCGCCGGCGUCGACUCCGGCGGGAACGGAGCCGGAACCUUCUGAAACGCCAGCGGAUCCUCUGGAGAAAGCCAAGUUUUUGGCAAGUAAAAUCAAUAAACAAAUCGCGAAUAACGAGCUCAAGACUGAAGAGCCCGUAGCCGCGAAAAGCACCGCACCGAACAGUAUCGCCGCCCAGAUUGCGAGAAGCAUCGCCGAGCAACGUGCGGAGAAAUUACAUCUGAAGCUCAACUAUACACCGUCUGGCGAACCCGACCCGCUCCUGGGAGGUGAUCAAACGUACAAUAAGUACGAAGAAGAACUCGAAAUCAACGAUUUCCCUCAGCAAGCCCGAUGGAAGGUGACUUCGAAAGAGGCUAUCGCACAAAUAGCCGACUAUUCCGAGGCAGGUCUCACGGUUCGAGGGACAUUCUACCCACCUGGUAAAGAAGUACCUGAAGGAGAGCGAAAGUUGUUCAUCGCGAUUGAGUCUCAUGACGAGAUGUCCGUCAAGAAGGCCCGCACGGAGAUUGUUCGGUUGAUUAAGGAGGAGCUCAUAAAAUUACAACACUCGUACCAGCCCUCGAACAAAGGUCGGUACAAAGUUCUGUGA